AUGCUUAAGUUGCCCGAUCUUAAGGAGCUACACUAUGAGAGCCCCAGCGAGGCGGAUGUGAGUUCCGACGUGAGUUCAUCCGACAGUCUGCUGCUCGAUGAGUGUUUGAGCACUGGCCGCAGCUCGCAAGAACCAGCGAAAGAGAAAACGCGUCUCAAGAGCCCCAGUCCCGCUGCACAAUCCAGCCGCCGGUUGGUGAGUUCGCACUCAGCUGCAGAGGCUACGAUGCUCAGGGCACUGCAUCCUGAUAAAUACGAUCUGGAGGUUCAAUUGAAGGAAAUCGUCACCACGAGUCGAUGGAAUGGAGGAAUGGCACUGCGGGCUCUUAGUAGUAGGAACCCGGGAACACAGCGCGCGGCCUCACAGCCUCCUCCCAGCAAUAACAAAAAAAGGAAGCGAGACUCCAGCAGUGCCUCAGAUGCCACCGGAUACAGUGAAGGGCCUGGAGAAGGUCCGUCUACAGGGCAAGGAGGGUCUCUAGCAAGUUCGAAAACCAGCAAGGGCAAGCAAAAACAGGUGGAUAGUUCUGAUGACUCGAGCCACCAAGGGGCCAAGAAGAAGAAGGAAGACGGAUCGGACGAGGAAAGCCCGUCAGCUAAUGAGACGGAUUUAAUGGAUGAUGAUUGGGACUAG